CGCUUCUUAAGCGACUGUGGCGCUUCCUACUGGUUCUCUUCAGCCGGACGCGGGAGGCGGAGAGGCCGGGAGACGCGGCGAGGACAGCGGCCGAGGCGACCGUUUUAGGCCCUGUGAUCAAUUCAGUUUGGCGGGCAUCUUGCAAAGGAAGAGGAAGCGUCCUCCUUGUAAUGUUCUGCUGCAGACUGAAGCCCAGCGUCCUUGGAAUGAGCCUUGCUGCAGCCUGCGCGCAAGACUCAGAGCUGGUCCUUGCAUUCUGGGGGCAAGGAGUCUAGCUCUGUAGGCCACGGCAUUUCCUCCAAUGCCGGGCAAGAGAAGGAGCCCACCUCAGCCUUGCAAAGAGACGUUUUGUGCCCCCAAGAACUCAAAGGGGUCUCCCCCUCCCCCUCCCCACUUCCUAGGAGCCACUCCCAGGUAUAUCUCUCCUUGCCUUUCCUACAACUCCUUCAGCAGCUGCUUGUGCAUCCAUCACAUACCUGGUCAGUCUUCACAGUUUCUGCUUGUGCUGCAACCUCUUUCCAGCCUGGAUCAUGUGGGUUCUUUGCAAACCCAGGCCCACUGGAGGAAGGAUGUGAACUUUGAAAUGGCGACUGCAAUAGGCCAGGGACCUGCGGCACAUGCAAGGUUACUGCUGGUUGACAGGAGAACUGAUUGAUCGCCCCGGAAACCGCUUUCUGCCUUCCUCAGGACUCUCAGGGCACUGGCCUCGCCUGCUCCCCCCCCCCCCCCAUCAUGUUUUUGCUGCUGCCCUUUGACAGCCUGGUGGUUAACCUGCUGGGUAUUUCCCUGACCGUCCUCUUCACCCUUCUCUUGGUUUUCAUCAUUGUGCCAGCCAUCUUUGGUGUUUCCUUCGGCAUCCGCCAACUGUACAUGAAAACCCUGCUGCAGAUCUUCCAGUGGGCAACGCUGAGGAUCGAACGUGGUGCCAAAGAGAAGAAGCAUCCCCUUUACAAGCCCUAUGUCAAUGGGAUCAUCGCAAAGGACCCCACGUCACUGGAGGAAGAGAUCAAGGAGAUCCGGCGGAGCGGCAGUAGCAAGUCCCUGGAUGCCCCCGAGUUUGAGCUGUCCGACAUCUUCUAUUUCUGCCGCAAGGGCGUCGAGAGUAUCAUGGAUGAUGAGGUGACCAAGCGCUUCUCAGCAGAAGAGCUGGAGUCAUGGAACUUGCUGAGCAGGACCAACUACAAUUUCCACUACAUCAGCCUGCGCCUGACGGUGCUCUGGGCUCUGGGUGUCUUCAUCCGCUACUGCUUCCUGCUGCCGCUCAGGGUGGCCCUGGCGUUCACGGGCAUUAGCCUCUUGGUGAUCGGCACAACAGUGGUGGGCUACCUGCCCAAUGGAAGGUGCAAGGAGUUCCUGAGCAAGCACGUGCACCUGAUGUGCUAUCGGAUCUGUGUGCGAGCCCUCACAGCGAUCAUCACCUACCACCACCGGGAAAACAGACCCCGCAGUGGAGGAAUCUGUGUGGCAAACCACACUUCCCCUAUUGAUGUCAUAAUCCUGGCCAGUGAUGGCUACUAUGCCAUGGUGGGCCAGGUCCAGGGGGGCCUGAUGGGGGUGCUGCAGAGGGCCAUGGUGAAGGCUUGCCCCCACGUCUGGUUUGAGCGCUCUGAGGUGAAGGAUCGCCAUCUAGUGGCUAAGAGGCUGUCCGAGCACGCGCACGAUAAAAGCAAGCUGCCCAUCCUUAUUUUCCCUGAAGGCACGUGCAUCAACAACACCUCCGUGAUGAUGUUCAAGAAAGGGAGCUUCGAGAUCAGUGCCACGGUUUAUCCUGUGGCCAUCAAGUACGACCCCCAGUUUGGGGACGCCUUUUUUAACAGCAGCAAGCACGGCAUGGUGACCUACCUGCUGAGGAUGAUGAGCAGCUGGGCCAUCGUUUGCAGCGUCUGGUACCUGCCUCCGAUGACCAGGGAGCCUGAGGAGGACGCCGUGCAGUUUGCCAAUCGGGUGAAGUCGGCCAUCGCUCGGCAGGGCGGCCUCGUGGAUCUCCUGUGGGAUGGAGGCCUGAAGAGGGAAAGGGUGAAGGACACCUUCCGAGAGGAGCAGCAGAAGCUCUACAGCAAGACCCUCCUGUGCAGCCACGAAGACCGGAGCCGCUCCUGAGCUUUCCGGCCUGGCUCCUGCUACACAGCCGGCCGCCCCCAGACCUCCUCGGCCUCGUGGCACCUGCCCCACCUGGAGCAGCAUCGGGUCCUCCACCUUGGGCUGUCCUCCGUCAGCAGCCCUCCAGCAGAGCUGCCACAGGCAUGCACAAGGAGAAGGCCCGUCUGCAUCCUCCUGGCUUGGCAGGUUGUCCAGGCAGUGGCAGCCGGGGCCCCCCACCGCAGUCGGGGUGGCGACACGGGCCACCGCCUGGCCACGCAUCCGCGCAAGUGUGCUGCAGGCAUGCUUUUGCGUGGGCCGACAUGGCUGUGAGAACAGCUGGGCAUCUCCCUCCUGGGACAGACGCUUCUCGUAGCUCCCCAUACACUUGGCCAUCCUGGGGGAAAGGCACAGAUCUCACUUUCCUCUUCCAUUCCUCCCGCCUGCCCUCCGAAAAAGGAGACGAACAGACUGCAGCUGCAUGGAUUCAGCGGCAUUUUAUAAUUAAAUGAUACAGAGGGAGAUUUUGUGGUGUGCGUUCCCUCACUGCCUUUAAAAGAGAACGGCAGAGCUCAGAAACUGUGUACAAUUUGAGUUCUUAGAACUGAGAAGGGACCUUGUUCAAAAGGUUCCUGGAUAGGAAGGUGGAAACUCUUUCCCCUCCCUUUCCUUAUGCAUUUUUUUUUUCUUAUUUUGUGAGGCGAGGAGCAGAAUGGAGCAGAGCAUAGUUUGCCAAAAUUGGUUGCAUGCAGAGAUGGGAUGACCCCGAAGUUAGGAAAAGAUUUGGGGUACGGUCAGUGCAAUGAUGGCAGAAGAGACAGCUUUGACUCAGAUGGACCUCUGCGGCUGGGGAACUUUAUCCACUUACAGGGAGAGGCCAUAAAUAGCCAUAGCCUGAACCACACACACACCCAUAUCUGACUUUCAAACUGAUCCUUCCUAAUUUUGGCUCAGAAGAGGCUUUUAGCAUCUGCUGAUGCAAGCAGGCACCUCCAUCGCCGAACUCCUGAAUCGAGAGCAUGGGAAGCGUGAGAGGUGAUGUUUUUUUUUAAAUGGGUUUUAAGCAGUGUUCAGUCACAUAAGUUUGUCCCUGCCCUUGCACCCCCUUCCACCCCCACUGCUGCUUGAGAGAGCUUUUAAGGCACCGCAGAGGCACUUGCUGUUAAUAGUAAAGUCACAUUAAUAAUA